AUGUCAGAUAAUGAUACUCUUCUGAAAGGGAAAAGAGUUCUGCGGGCUUCAUCUUUUGACGAAUGGCGAAGGGCACCUCGCCCUAACUAUAAUGUUCAAGGAAACUUAGACCUGGAGUUCCCCUACUCGGAGUAUCCAAGAAAUCAACCCUACGAAUACCAUUCGGUUCAGCUUCCACGUCCGACCUCAAAACAGAUACUCGACUUCUGGGGUGAAGGAAGGAUCGCUUCCGAAGGCUUAAUUACUGGCUUUCCUGGAGCAUACAAUGUCAAUCAUCAGUUCCAACUGGUAUCCAAUGGUGCUGAUAUAGGAAAGAAGAUUCCAAAUAGAAUACCGACUAUAGACUACCAGACAGUUAGUGUUGAAAAGUAUGUAUCGGAUGGUACCUUUAAUAUUAUCACGCUAAUGGGUGCACCCAUUAUUAACACAACUGCUGCUGAAAUUGCCAGGAUAAUCAGCGGUAACUCGCAUUCUCAAGUGGUUACUUAUGGAUUCUCUGAAAGUGAUGAGAACAUCACCAAGUUGAAAAGGGAGCUUGACGCUAAAAAGCUGAUUAUAUUAGCAGAUUAUAUUUUACCGCAUCCACUGGAUGAAAUCACAAUAACGCCAGCUUUGGCGUUUCGCCCGUUGAAUUCUGUGGUCUCGCAAGCAAGGUUAAACUUUAUCAAUUGGAAAAUAUCUCCCUGUGCAAAGAUCUUAUGUUCACUUCAAAGAAGUUCGCAUGACCAAAAUUCUGCAAAAGAAGCACUUAGUGUCUUUUUUAACGAUGAUGGUGUCAAGAAUAGCUUCAUGAUUUUUGCACUGGGUUAUGAGCUCGAUACGACAUCAGAUGGCAAAGCUGUAAUGAAUAUCUACAUGAACAGCAAUGUUGUAAAGAUUGUGCGAUUCGACUACAGAAGCUUACAGCUUCAGUCAAGCAACGGAAAAGCAGCAAAUUUGUGUCCGUAUGACAAGGUCACGGGCAGCAAGUCCUGGGACUGGGGAUUCUUUGGAAGUUCAGGAUACGAAAAUGACGGUGAUAAACUUACUCUCGUGCGUGCAGACAGUACACGAUUUAAGAUAAGGGCAGACUAUGGGACUACGUCGUUUCUCUGUGUCGAAAGUGUCGGAUCCGAUAGCUGUCAAUAUGCUUUUUUCGGUACUGCACUUUACAAUCAAUCCUAUGAUGAUGGUCAAUACUUUCGUCUGUACCCUGUAUCCGGUGGUGAGAAGUUCAAGGUGCAGGCUAAUUUCGGAGAAACAUCUUAUCUCUGUGUCGAUAAGGUGAGUACAUGGAACGAUGCAUUCUUUGGAACUUCAAAGUAUAUCUAUGACGGCGGCUACUCCGCGGGCGAAACGCUGAAGGUCAUAUUUCAUUGA